GCAUCAGUUUGAUAUUCAGCGGUGAAAGUUUCAGCAAUAUGAAAUUACAUUUUCUCUUCGUUUUGAUAAUAAGCGCUCUAGUGGGCACUCUAAUGGCUGCUUCUGCACCUAGCGGUCCACCACCAAGUGGUCCACCACCAAGUGGUCCUCCACCAAGCGGCCGACCACCAAGAGGCCCACCACCAAGCGGUCGCCCACCACCACCAACCACUUCCAGUUCCGGCUAAUUUAACCACCCCCUCUUUAUCGACAAUGCUUUGGAUAACUGACAAUUGAAAACAAAUUUUCACUCACUUUUUUUUUACGAAAUAUCAACUUGAAAUGCAUUCAAAAAUAUUGUAAAAUUUUAAAAAUUUAUUUUUUCACAA